AUGGGCAUUAAGUUGGUUCGGUAUAAAGGCAAGUACUGUGUUUACCGGUUCUCUGAAGAGCAUAAUCAUGUUCUUGUUAAGAAAGACUAUGUGCAUUUGUUGCCAUCUCAACAUAACGUCACAACUUUGGAUAAUGUGUUUUUAGACUUGACUGCAAGUUCCAGAGUUUCGCCAAAGGCUGCAUUUGAUUUAAUGGGUAAGCAAGCUAGUGGUAGGGAGUCAUUUGGAUUUACAAAGCUAGACCAAAAGAAUUAUCUCCGAACUUUGGACAAUGAGGAGAAGAUUACUAACAUUUUCUGGGCAUAUGCUAAAAUGAUAAUGGAUUAUGGUAUGUUUGGAGAUGUUGUAAGUUUUGAUACGACUUACAAAAUUAAUGAAGCAAAUCGACCAUUUGCAGUGUUUGUUGGGCUAAAUCACCACAGGCAGAUGGUUAUAUUUGGUGCUGCUCUAAUGUAUGACGAGACUGCGACAUCUUUCAUAUGA